AUGAACAAAUCCUGCAGCAGCACACUCAGCUUCUGUACCAGAGAGAGCAGGAUUUGAAGAGUUUGAAGGACGCUCAGACAAGUAAUUCUCACAAAGAGGUGGCAGAUUUAUGCCGUGGGAUGAUGUUGGAGGUCUCAGCCCUGCGGGCCCAAGUUGCUCACCUGGAAGAAGAGAAAAUUAAUUUAGAGGAACAGCUCGGCCUCACAUUCAAAGAACGCUACCACCCUCUGGUCCGACACCUUUUCUCUACCUGCAUCCAGUUAAAGGCCAGACUUGAUGAAUAUCCCCGACAAAUGAGGCGGGACAUAAGUGUGAUAGUGAACAGAGCACGGGGGGAAGGAGUGGACAAGAUCAUCAAGCUCAAGAAGAGGUACGGCUGCACCAAAGACAAUGAUGGACUCGCCCUCACACAGUUAAAGAAGGAAGAAGUCCACGAGUUGAAGCUGGAGAACAGCCGGCUGACUGCUCUGCUCUGUAAACUGAAGGCUCUGAGAUGCUGGAGGAAGGUGGUCGACCAGGAGAAACUUCACAGGCAACUGCUCCAAACCAAGCAGAGGGAGGUUACCGCUCGCACCGAGGCUCUCAGAGUGAAAAUGUUAUCAGAGGAUAAGGUGGCUCUCCUGCAGGGGGAGCUGGACUUUGCACAGCAGGUGCUGACCUGCUCUCAGGCCGAAUGCAGCAGCAUCAAGAAGCAGCUCAGCAGGAAGACAGAGGAGCUCCAGGUGUUCAGGCAUCGGUCUGCACGGGAAGCCCGCAGCAGACAGGAGCUGGACGCUCAUCGAGUGCAGACCUUGGAACAAAUGAGAGCUGACAUGGAGGAUAGAGACAGACAGCUCAGGGCCCUCGGUGAGCAGCUGGACAGAGGCAGCAGGAUAAACAAGCUACAAAGAGAGCGCAGUGCCAAAGAGAUCCGGCAGGUGAGGGGGCAGCUACAGCAGCAGUGCAGCCUUAAACAAGAGGCCUUUCAGCAGCUGGAUAAACUGCAGAACGAUGUGGAGGCAGCUCUCCCCAGAGGAGCUUCGACAGCAGGUCAAAGCAGGACUUAUUGCACGCUGUCAGUCAGCAGACUGAGUACUAGAAGUCCCUCGACAGGUCUGCACCGGAACAGGCUGCAUUCAGCCCUGCAGCCUGGCAGCCUCACAAACUACACCACACCUCAGGACUUUGCAACAGAGCCAAGACAGCAGAGAGCAGAAACAGCCAGAGGUCUUUCAAACAUGAGCACACUGGAUGAUAAAAGGCUCUUUGUGACUGCUUUUGGCGAGUAA